AUGGGCAUUUGCUUCAACUGCCCUAUGGUCAGUCUGUUUCUGACCUCUACCUCACAAGCCCUAGCUUCGGCUAAAGGCAGUGUUACAAAAACAACCUGUAGUUAGUUAACAAAUGAACAAAUUGGUUUGAGGCGGCUUGCAGUGAAUGGGCAGACGACACAGGUUCAAAGACCAGUCGGUCAACACAUGGCACUGACUCUGCAAAUAGUUCUGUGAACUAACAAGACCCAAAAAGGUCCAAGAGGCAAUAGGAUUGGCCCCGCUGGGUGUCUAUUUACGUGGUUUUGGGUGCAGUGGGGGGCCUCUCAUUCCUUUAUCUUAGUCAGGGCCAAACGCCUCGUAUUAAACAGUUAACCUCUUGACAUGCAGAGCUUUUGGAGCUUUUCGCAGGCUUCAGGUAGUGAUGGUAGAAAACCCUCUUAUGGAUGGGUCCUUAUACUGUAUACAUGGUAUGGGGAUUCUGUUCGUGUUCUUCAAUGACCACAAACACUACAUGAUCUAAGAAUGGAGCAUGUGUAACAUGUGAUCUGGGUGCUUGCGUGAUGAGUAACUCAGCGGGGAAGGGUGUAACUCAGCGGGGAACCUCGCAGUGUUGUGGUGCGCAGAUGACCCGGGUUCAAAGACCAACGGUACCCCAAAAAAAGGUGCAACACGCUGGAGAUUGGCUCUGGGAGUCUGGGACUGGAGAUUGGCUCCGGGAGUCUGGGACUGGAGAUUGGCUCUGGGAGUUUGUCACCAGUUUGUUAUUCAACUCUUGGCAUGCAAAGCUUUGGGGGUCGUUCCAUUGCUGAGCAGGGUGACCCAGUUGCCCAAAACAAGCCACAGUCCACCCACACAGAUGGCCAUCUGCCCAGCCUGUCCCUCCCUGGGUGGAUCAGGGGCUCUGUGGGGGUAAUCUCUUCAAAAGAUCAGAACCUUGGUCUCCAGCGUGCGAAACCAACGUCUUAACACACCCGAUACAAAUAAUCGACUAAUCACUUUCUCUAUCUGGACCAUGACGAUUAGCUGAAUAAGGUGUGUUACUGCAGGGCUGGAUCAAAACCCUGCACACCCACUAGCUCUCUAGGACAGGAGUUGGACAAGAACCCCGGUCUAAGGUCGUGAUGAGGUUGGUUAACCCUGGUCUAAGGUCAGCCCCUUAGAGCUUGACCUCUGAACUCUGACCUCUGUUGACCUCCAGGUCAACCCCCUGCUGUCAGGACCACAACAGUUAAGACAAGCUUAUAACAGAUACACUAUAUAUAAAAGAGUUUGUGGACACCCCUUCAAAUUAGGGGAUUCUGCAAUUUCAGCCACACCCGUUGCUGACAGGUGUAUAAAAUCGAGCACACCGCCAUGCAAUCUCCAUAGACAAACAUUGGCAGUAGAAUGGCCUUACUGAAGAGCUCAGUGACUUUCAACGUGGCACCGUCAUAGGAUGCCGCCUUUCCAACAAGUCUGAGCAUCAAAUUUCUGCCCUGCUAUAGCUGCUGCGGUCAACUGUAAGUGCUGUUAUUGUGAAGUGGAAACAUCUAGAAGCAACAACGGCUCAGCCGCGAAGUGGUAGGCCACACAAGAACACACAACGGGACGCCGAGUGCUGAAGCGCUUAACGUAUUAAAAUCGUCUGUCCUCGGUUGCAACACUCACUACCGAGUUCCAAACUGCCUCUGGAAGCAACGUCAGCACAAGAACUGUUCAUCGGGAGCUUCAUGAAAUGGGUUUCCAUGGCCGAGCAGCCGCACACAAGCCUCAGAUCACCAUGCGCAAUGCUUACUUUAUCCUAUCCCAGGUAUUGACUGGGCUGAGCGGGAACUGUGCUUCCGCAGAGGUAGGGGGGCCAGCAGGCCAGAGGUGGAUGAACGCAAUGCCCUCGUUUGGGUGUAGGGACUGAUCAGAGCCUGAAGGUACGGAGGUGCCGUUCCCCUCACAGCUCCGUAGGCAAGCACCAUGGUCUUGUAGCAGAUGCAAGCUUCAACUGGAAGCCAGUGGAGUGUGCGGAGGAGCGGGGUGACGUGAGAGAACGGGGUGACGUGGGAAGUCACGAUUCUUUAAGUUUUGUGUAUAUAGACUACAGUACUGGAAGCAUCAGCGUAAUAGGGGCUUGCAUAUACAAGAGCCCUUAAAGGGGAAAUCUGCAGUUCAAACAAUAACUAAAUCGGUUAACGCCACUUUUGGGGGGUAAACAGCUCAGGGAUGGGGCUGGAGAAAUGUAACCACUCUUAAAAUCAUAGACACAGCUAUGGAUGCAUCGGACUGACCAUCCAGGAGAUGAACCAUGUUUGGAAGCUACUGUGUUUGUUUACAAUUACAUUUGAUAACAAUGGAGUUAAACAACAAGCAACAAGCUCAUGAGGCAUUAAGUUAUACUCUUCAAGCAUCAAUGCGCCCGAGUGGCGCAGUGGUCUAAGGCAGUGCUAGCUGUGCCACUAGAGAUCCUGGUUCGAGUCCAGGCUCUGUCGCAGCUGGCCGCGACCAGGAGACCCAUGGGCGGCGCACAAUUGGUCCAAGGUAGUGGAGGGUUUGGCCGGCAGGGAUGUGGGUUCGUUUCCCACGGGGGGCCAGUAUGAAAAAACAAAACAAAAAACAUGUAUGCAUUCACUAACUGUAAGUCGCUCUGGAUAAGAGCGUCUGCUAAAAUGUAUAUAUAAUGCAUUUUAUAAAGUCCUCUAAUGGAGGUACCAGUCCCCUUUAAUAAAUCAUAAACAAAAGCUCUGAAGAGCCAUUAUCUGGUGUCCAAGUUACAGAAAACAGAAAAAACUACUUUCCCGGCUCCAAAGUAUCAACAGUCAGAGCAUCUCUCCAUCCCAAAUCCCCAACCAACCCUAGUGGAGCCAACUGGGCCUGCUUUGGACUUUUCACUCCAGACCUAAUUAGCUGUGUUAAUAGGAUUUGGCUUCUGGUGGUUCCAUGUUGUAAGACAUGAGCUUUAAACCACAGAGACUACCCGAGUGAUAUUUAGCCUCUGAAGCUGCAGAGGAGCGACACUUUGACUUAGUAACCCUUGAACAGUAGCCCACCUAACAACUCAUUGUCUUUUUAUCUGGAGAUCUUGAUCAUCUAAGGGGUCUUCAAUCACCUCAACGACCUGUCAAUCAAACAAUCUUCCUGUAGGAGAUCGUUUGUUUUGUUUUAGCACACGUUUAGUGACUGCAAACCUGUUUCUGUGUUGCUAAGCACCCAGAACAUCUAACCGCCAAGAUGUCGAUGGACGUGCCUGAGGAUCUGGAGAUGGAGGGAGAGGAAGGGAUCGACUCCAAGGAGCUGAAGAAGCAGCUGGCAGAGUCCAAGGCAGUUAAAGUGCUGAUGCUAGGUAAGUGAACCAACCCAUUGGUGUGAAUGUAUGGGAGAUGCUUCGGAGACAUGCUCUUGUGAUGAGUAGCCCUGUCUGAAACUUGUAAGGCUGGAGAAUGUACUUUUUUGGUCUAAUGGCUAAGAUGUUGGGAUCCCCCAUUAGAUUUGGUUCCUCUUCAUAAAGGAACUGAAAGGCAAUUAUUUCAGCUAAAUACCAUGGAAUCGUAAACAGGAUAUUUGUUGUGACAUGUGAUGUGAUAUCAGAGAUUUGGUUGAGGGCAGUGGUGGAAAAAGUACCCAAUUGUCAUACUUGAGUAAAAGUAAAGAUACCUUAAUAGAAAAUGACUCAAGUAAAAGUGAGUCACCCAGUAAAAUACUACUUGAAUAAAAGUCUAAAGGUAUGUGGUUUUAAUAUACUUAAGUAUCAAAAGUAAAUGUAAUUGCUAAAAUAUACUUAAGUAUCAAAAGUAAAAGUACAAGUAGAAAUCAUUUCAAAUUCCUUAUAUUAAGCAAUCCAGACGGCACUAUUUAUUUUUAUUUAUGGAUAGCCAGGGGCACACUCCAACACUCAGACAUUUUACAAACAAAGCAUGUGUGUUUAGUGAGUCCGCCAGAUCAGAGGCAGUAGGGAUGACCAGGGUGGUUCUCUUGAUAAGUGUGUAAAUUGGGCCAUUUUCCUGUCCUGCUAAGCAUUAAAAAAUGUAACGAGUACUUUUGGAUGUCAGGGAAAAUGUAUGUGGUAAAAAGUACAUUAUUUUCUUCAGGAAUAUAGUAAGGUAAAAGUUUUCAAAAAUAUAAAUAGUAAUGUAAAGUACAAAUACCCCAAAAAACGACUUAAGUAUUACUUUAAAGUAUUUUUACACCACUGGUUUGUCUUAAACUGCCACCCAGAAGCAAGGAGGGACCACAGGGAUAGAUCUAAAAAGAUUUCAAAUGAAAUUGAGAUAACAUCUGUAAUUUUCACAUUUAAUGUUUCUGGUGUUGAAUAUCAAAUGAUAUCAUACUCUCUAUGGUCCCAUUUCCAUCAAAAACAGACAAUAAGGCCUAGAUUCAAUCAGAUCAAGCGUCAACUGGCGAUAGCCGACACCCGCAUGGCGGACGUUUUGGCGAAGUCGGAGGUGGAACUGCGUUGGAGCUGUUAAAAUCGGUGAACAGCUCCAACGCAGUUCCACCUCCGACACAUCAGCUAUGCAGAUGUCGGCAUCGCCGGUUAAUGCUUGAUCUGAUUGAACACCCGCAUUAGAAGUUCAGAACGAGAAAGUGUAGGCUAUAUAGAAAUAAUGACGCUCAAAUUGAAAAUCAUUCAGCCUAACCAACGUGAAGAUUACUUCUCACAUUCCAGUGUUACAACUUGUAAACAAGUCUGCAUGGGAUUUCUAUUGUUGCGACUGUGCAGCCAAUGGCAAUGUCCGCUUUAGGUUUAAUGCCCGGCGUUAUGAAACUGAUGAUUUGUCCCCAACAGAUGGUUUGUUUACGUUUCUACCGUUGUGGCUAGAUGGAGGCUUACAGCUCCAUCUAGUGGUUGCGUCGGGGACAACAGUUGUUGACAACUAGCGUUGUAGCUAAACCGAACUCUAAUCCUUUUCCAAACCUUAACCUCAUUCUCCUAAUUUGCUGCAUUAAUUCACCUAACCUGCCAUGCUAAGUCACCUAACCUGUCACUAUAAUUAUCCUAACCUGCCACAUAAAUUAUCCUAACCUGCUAUGUAAACAAAUCCUCAUUACUACCACACCGGAACUGCUUGUGGAUUUGACAGCUCUAUAACAGUUCCGCCUCCAACACCGUCAGAACAACUGCUAUGCAGAUGUCGGCUGAAACGGAUCUGAUUGAACCGGGCCCUGAGUACUGAUUCUGUCUGUGAAUUGAAUAUGCACUUUGUCUGAACAUUGACAGUUAAGAGCAAACAAACACACACAGAUCAAUGCAUAAUGUUCUUUUUCUCUGAAUGUUUAAGCUAUAUGUGACUGAACCUAGAAAAAAAGGAACAGAUUGUUUGUGGUUUCUUAAAGUACAGAUUCAGACCUUGAGGUACAUUGAGGUACAUUGCUCUCUGGGGUACAUUGCUCCCGCCCAGUGAGUCCAGUCCAGGGGAAAGUCAGGACACAGUGAGAUGGUUAAAGAAUUACUACUAAAAGGUCCAAGCGAAACCAGGAACCCUGCCGAUGAGAUGCCAAGCCGAUUACACUAACUGGUUUAGCCCAGACAGUAGACCCAUGCUCUCCUCUGACAGCAUUCACCCUUUCACACUACUGUGCCAACCCAAUCCAAACUGUACUGUGCUGGCUCAGAAUUUAAGUAUUAUUUUUUUACACAGUUCUUUUUACAGCACAGCACUCUUCCAGAACCUAUGAUGUAUGGAUUCAGAUGGGCUCUGGGAUCAGCUGGAUUUAGCUGGGCUGAGCCUCAGUAGUGCCAAAGGGUAAUUCCCUUAGCCUCUCUGCAUGUCACCAACUUAAAGGCUCAGUCAAUGCCAAUGAUCCUAAUCCAGAAACAGGUCUCAGUAUAUAUCCAGAUACUGGAAAUAGACAGAUCUAUUUUGAUAAGCCUAACCAGACCUACUGGCUAACCCCGAGGUCUCCGCAAGCUGUUUUAGCAACUUGUACCCUUUUCACACUACUGUGCCGAAACUAAGUCAAGAUGAGCUGAUUUGGCCUGGUUCCACUUCCACUGGAACCGUGCUGGAAAGGUGGUGUCAUGUCUCACACAGUGCUCUCACUCCUACUAGUGGUAGUGUAAAAAAUAGUGUUGUGUUCUUUAGCAGACAGUGUUAGUGUGACCGACUGACCGGGGUUCAAAUUCUGUGUUAGCCCUCUGAGCUAAAGCCUAGACAUUAGAUUGGAGACAGGGGGAGAUAACACAAAUCUUAAGGUCUCAGGUUGCUGAGCAGGCAAGCAUAGUUCAAUGAACGACUUCUGUUACUUUAGCUCUUGUCUUGAUACAAAGUGGCAAGAUGACAUGUUUCCAGGUUGCAUUAUGCUUGCUGUGUUAAGACACAGGACACAAAGGCCAUCCAUAACACUCAGCAAGGGGGUUCGUGAAGAGGAGGGUGGGCCAACCUUAAUCUGGAAGGGUACUGAGCCCAAUGGGUGCUGUCUGUGGCUAGGAGUGGCGCAGGGCUCAACCAAUAGAAGCCUCUCCAUCAGAGGCUUCUAUUGGAUGACGUCCCUCUAUGGUCUCUAUUACUGUUGUGUUGUUGAAUAAUCUAAUCAACUUUACUACAAUUACAGGAUGACAUUAUAUACUGACUGGCCUGGUUACAGGAUGACAUUAUAUACUGACUGGCCUGGUUACAGGAUGACAUUAUAUACUGACUGGCCUGGCCUGGUUACAGGAUGACAUUAUAACUGACAGGCUGGUUCGAUACAUAUAUACCUGGCCUGGCCUGGACAGGUGAAAUAUCUGACUGCUGGCCUGGUACAAGGACACUUAUACCCUGACUGGCCUGUGCCUGGUUAAGAGACAUUAAUACUGAAAUGGCCUGGCCUGGUUACAGGAUUACUUAUAUGACAGCAGCUAGUGGUUAAGAGCGUUGUGCAUACCGAAGGUCGCUGGUCUAUCCAAGUGAUAGGUGAAAUCUGUCGAUGUGCCAUUGAAGGCACUUACUGAUUGCUCUGUAAUUUCGAUAAGAGCGUGCUAAAGAUAAAAUACUGGCCGGCCUGUUACAGGAUUACAUUAUAUACACGCGCUGGUUACAGAAGGCGGUACAUAGUGUGAUGAUUAAUUUAACUUAUUUGAUAAUUAAGUAAGGCCCCUCCACCAGAGACACUUAAUACAUUAAACGUAAACACAAUAAAGCCUGAGGACUUAUUUCCAGUAUGGUCCUCUCUGAGUAACCUCUUUCCAUUACGGUCCUCUCUGAGUAACCUCUUUCCAUUACAGUCCUCUCUGAGUAACCUCUUUCCAUUACGGUCCUCUCUGAGUAACCUCUUUCCAGUAUGGUCCUCUCUGAGUAGCCUCUUUCCAUUAUGGUCCUCUCUGAGUAGCCUCUUUCCAUUAUGGUCCUCUCUGAGUAGCAGUAGUAGUAUGAUGUUUAAAUAAGUGACACCAAGGCCUUUGUCCUGAAGUGUCUGAGACCCAGUGAGGCCCAGAGACUUCAGUGAGGCCCAGUGAGACCCUGUGAGGCCCAGAGACUUCAGUGAGGCCCAGUGAGGCCCAGAGACGUCAGUGAUCUCCUCACAGACUGUCCUCUUGCUCUAUUGUCACUCUUCCUCAUAAUCUAACUGGGUCACAUUAGUGAGUGGUGUGUAUUAUGUUUCAGUAGUGCACUAUAUAGGGAAUAGGGUGCCAUUUGGGACUUAACCUAUAUUUCUCUAGCCACCAGGUCCAAGAGUAUUCUUAGCCUGAGGUACUUUAACUUUACUGUAAUUAUGUUACAUAUUGUGUCACUGAUAAAAGUCAAAAGAUAUGUAACGAAAAGGCUUUUGUUUUGACACUUUACCACCAGCAGGACUUACUGUUCUUCUAAUACAUUACAUUAUCUGCCUGUGUCACUGAUGAAAGCCAUGUAAUGAAAAGUUAAAUGGAUGACAUUUAACUGUCAAUAAAUUGUGUAUUUUUGUUUUCUUUCAGGUGCUGAGGAGUCGGGGAAAACAACCAUCGUAAAACAAAUGAAGUGAGUUAAUUAAAAACUGAAGCCUCUCACUGUGAAUGUGGGGCAGCUGAGAGAAGUGAGCCACAGUGUCACAAAUACACCACUAGGUGGCAGUUUGGAUAAGUGAGCAACUAACUACUUCUUCUUCUUCUUCUUCUUCUUCUUCUUCUUCUUCUUCUUCUUCUUCUUCUUCUUCUUCUUCUUCUUCUUCUUCUUCUUCUUCUUCUUCUUCUUCUUCUUCUUCUUCUUCACAGAAUCCUCCACCUGGGUGGUUUUAAUAAGGAGGAGAAGACGAAGUACAGAGAGGUGAUCUUUGGUAACAUCCUGCAGUCAGCUCUGUCCAUCGUCAGAGGAAUGAGCAUCCUGGGGAUCAAGUACGGAUCACCAGCCGCAGAGGUGGGUACUGCAGGCUGGGUGUGUGUUUGUAGAACUAUACUAUAAUAUAAUAUACUAUUACCAUACUACAGUAUAUUAUACUACACUGUAUGGACCUGUUAUACUAAACUAUACUGACAUAUGUGUUGUUCUCUGUGUCCAGGAUGAGGGCAAGAAGCUGGAGAACCUUUCCAACUCUAUUGAGGAGGGCACCAUGCCUCCUGCGCUGGCUGACUGCAUCAAGAAGCUGUGGAUGGACCCUGGCAUCCAGGAGUGCUUCGAGAGAGCAGCUGAGGGCUACCAGCUCCUCGACUCUGCUCACUAGUGAGUUAAUCUAUCUGCCUUUAUUACUCAGGACCCGUAUUCACUAGUGUCUCAGAGUAGGAGUGUUGAUCUAGGAUCUGUCUUAUUCCUUUUGAUCUAAAAGGCGAAACCUGAUCCUAGAUCAGAACUUCUACUCUGAGACGCUUUAUGAAUACGAGCAGCUUUGCCAUUUACAGCUCCCUCAGUGAUCUGAUCUUGAUUGAUUGACUCCGCGACUCUCCCACAGCUCCCUCAGUGAUCUGAUCUUGAUUGAUUGACUCCGCGACUCUCCCACAGCUCCCUCAGUGAUCUGAUCUUGAUUGAUUGACUCCGCGACUCUCCCACAGUUCCCUCAGUGAUCUGAUCUUGAUUGAUGACUUCCGGACUCUCACACAGCUCCUCAUGAUCUACUGAUGAUUGACUUCUCGGACUCUCCACAGCUCCCUCAGUGAUCUGAUCUUGAUUGAUUGACUCCGCGACUCUCCCACAGCUCCCUCAGUGAUCUGAUCUUGAUUGAUUGACUCCGCGACUCUCCCACAGUUCCCUCAGUGAUCUGAUCUUGAUUGAUUGACUCCGCGACUCUCCCACAGCUCCCACAGUGAUCUGAUCUUGAUUGAUUGACUCCGCGACUCUCCCACAGCUCCCUCAGUGAUCUGAUCUUGAUUGAUUGACUCCGCGACUCUCCCACAGCUUCCUCAGUGACCUGGACCGCAUCACCGUGGCUGACUUGAUCCCCAAUGACCAGGACAUCCUACGGUGCAGGAUCAAGACCGGCGGGGUUAACGAGGAGAGGUUCAUCUGCAAAGACGUCAAAUUCAGGUGAGUGUAACUGGUGCGAUUGAACCGGGGACCUCUUGCACAACAACCCAACGUCUUAACCAUUAGAGAAAAUCCUUGUGAUCUGAGAGCAGCAUUUGGGCUUACAACUCUAAAGGCCGUGUUUACAGAGGCAGCCCAAUUCCAAUCUUUUUUUCUCACUAAUUGGUCUUUUGACCAAUCAGAUCAGCUCUUUUGCCAUUGCCAAUUACGCGGCAAAAAAACAGAAUUGGGCUGCCUCUGUAAACGGAGCCUGUCAGGGCUAUGUCUUAACGAGAGUGUGAUUCCAAAUCACCUCCACUACACUAGCUCAUUACUGUAGAGACUUAUAGUGUGUGAUUCCAAAUCAACUCCACUACACUAGCUCAUUACCGUAGAGACUUAUAGUGUGUGAUUCCAAAUCACCUCCACUACACUAGCUCAUUACCGUAGAGACUUAUAGUGUGUGAUUCCAAAUCAACUCCACUACACUAGCUCAUUACUGUAGAGACUUAUAGUGUGUGAUUCCAAAUCAACUCCACUACACUAGCUCAUUACUGUAGAGACUUAUAGUGUGUGAUUCCAAAUCAACUCCACUACACUAGCUCAUUACCGUAGAGACUUAUAGUGUGUGAUUCCAAAUCACCUCCACUACACUAGCUCAUUACUGUAAAGACUUAUAGUGUGUGAUUCCAAAUCACCUCCACUACACUAGCUCAUUACUGUAAAGACUUAUAGUGUGUGAUUCCAAAUCACCUCCACUACACUAGCUCAUUACCGUAGCGACUUAUAGUGUGUGAUGUAUUUGUUUUAUUUGUAUGUGAUCGCUGCUGGAAUUGAACCAUCAACCUUGGCAUUGCAAGUGCCACGCUGUCACCAUUUACACCAACUAUGUGUAAAAAGCACACACUGGAGGAGCUGUGAUAUGUUCCUGAUGCAUGCUCACGGUGAUGAAGUGAUGUAGCUGCUGACAGCUCCUCUCCUGUAAAAAAAAAAGGGCUUGAUUGGUUAACUGAUUGCUGUCUCUCUCUGAUGGACAGGAUGUUUGAUAUGAGCGGUAGAAGAGAAGAGAGGAAGAAGUGGAUCCACUGUUUCGAGGGCGUCCAUUGCAUCCUGUUCUGUAGCGCCCUCAGCGCCUAUGACCUGGUGCUGCUGGAGGACGAGGAGAUGGUGAGUGAUUACACGCGCACGCACGCACGCACGCACGCACGCACGCACGCUUCAAAGUUAAAACUAAAGGAGACUACCUCACUGGGGACAGUUGAGAGGGAGAUCAUUCAACCACACCACAGGAGACGCUGAUAUGAUUCAACCACCACAGGAGAUGCUGAUAUGAUUCAACCACACCACAGGAGAUGCUAAUAUGAUUCAACCACACCACAGGAGAUGCUAAUAUGAUUCAACCACACCAUAGGAGAUGCUAAUAUGAUUCAACCACACCACAGGAGAUGCUAAUAUGAUUCAACCACACCACGGAGGAUGCUAAAUGAUUCAACCACACAUAGGAGAUGCUAAUAUGAUUCAACCACACCAUAGGAGACGCUAAUAUGAUUCACCACACCACAGGAGAUGCUAUAUGAGUCAAACCACACCACAGGAGAUGCUAAUAUGAUUCAACCACACCAUAGGAGACGCUAAUAUGAUUCAACCACACCAUAGGAGAUGCUAAUAUGAUUCAACCAACCCCAGGAGAUGCUAUAUGAUUCAACCACACCACAGGAGAUGCAAUAUGAUUCAACCCACCAUAGGAGAUGCUAAUAUGAUUCAACCCACACAUAGGAGACGCUAAUAUGAUUCAACCACACCACAGGAGAUGCUAAUAUGAGUCAACCACACCACAGGAGAUGCUAAUAUGAUUCAACCACACCAUAGGAGACGCUAAUAUGAUUCAACCACACCAUAGGAGAUGCUAAUAUGAUUCAACCACACCCCAGGAGAUGCUAAUAUGAUUCAACCACACCAUAGGAGACGCUAAUAUGAUUCAACCACACCAUAGGAGACGCUAAUAUGAUUCAACCACACCAUAGGAGACGCUAAUAUGAUUCAACCACACCACAGGAGAUGCUAAUAUGAUUCAACCACACCACAGGAGAUGCUAUUAUGAUUCAACCACACCAUAGGAGACGCUAAUAUGAUUCAACCACACCAUAGGAGAUGCUAAUAUGAUUCAACCACACCCCAGGAGAUGCUAAUAUGAUUCAACCACACCAUAGGAGACGCUAAUAUGAUUCAACCACACCAUAGGAGACGCUAAUAUGAUUCAACCACACCAUAGGAGAUGCUGAUAUGAUUCAACCACACCACAGGAGAUGCUGAUAUGAUUCAACCACACCACAGGAGACGCUGAUGUGAUUCAACCACACCACAGGAGAUGCUAAUAUGAUUCAACCAAACCUCACUGGCUUUUGACAGCAGCUAGUUAAGGUUGUUGACUGUUUUGUAGCCCAACGAUGAUCAUGAUGAUGAUGAUGAUGAUGAUGAUGAUGAUGCAUCCUUCAUUCCUCUGCCCUCCUCUUUUCAGAACCGCAUGCACGAGUCUCUCCAUCUAUUCAACAGUAUCUGCAACCACAGGUUCUUCGAGGCCACCACCCACGUGCUUUUCCUCAACAAGAAGGAUGUCUUCCAAGAGAAGAUCAAGCAUGUCCACCUCAAUGUCUGCUUCCCUGACUACGACGGUGAGUCCUACUCUGAGUCCCAAAUGGCAAAAAGUUGUUUUCCCCUGAGCUUUUGACCUUUCGUUUGGAGUUUAUUUACCAUGUGUGACGAAUGAAUGAAUACAUUGGAAAUCUUUCUCAGCCGAUUUGUUUAAAAAGUUUAAAGUUGUCACGUGCUCUAGUUCAGUGAAAUGCCUUUCUUGCUAGCUCUUUCCCAACAAUGCAGCAAUCAAUAUCAGUUUAUAGAAAAUUGUCUAGGGUCAGUAGCUAUAUACAGGGACAGUUCCAGGGUCAGUAGCUAUAUACAGGGACAGUUCCAGGGUCAGUAGCUAUAUACAGGGUCAGUGCCAAUCCCAUAUUUACAAUGUGCAGGGAUACUGGAGGGGUAGGGUUAGAUAUGUACAGGAUUAAGGUGACUAGGCAUCAGGGUAUAUGAUUAACAGAGUAACAGCAGUGCAAUAUGAUGAUUGUAUGCGAGUGUGUGUGCGCGUGUGUUUAGAGUCAGUAUGAAUAUGUGUGCGUGUUAUGUGUGUGUGAGCAAAUUAAGUGUGUGUGUUUGAGUGUCAGUGUGAGUGAGUGUGUGUGUGUGAGUGAGUGUGUAGUGUGCAUAGAGUAAGUGUGAAUGCAUAGAGUCAGUGCAAAACAUUUUAAUAAAAUUGAAGGGUCAAUGCAGAUGGAUGGCAGGAGUCUCAGCCCCAGGGAUGUACUGGGCUGUCCGCAUCACCCUCUGUAGCGCCAUGCGAUCGAGGCCGGUGCAGUUGCCAUACCAAGCAGUGAUGCGGCCAGUCAAUAUGCUCUCAAUGGUGCAGCUGUAGACCUUUUUGAGGAUUUGACGGCCCAUGCCAACCUCAGUGUUAAUCCAGCGCUUUUGAUUGGGGAAGCAGCGAACCUUCACUGUGGGGACAACGUCUGCGAUGCAUUUCCUAAUGAAUCCAGUGACGGUGGUGGUUAGAGUCCCGGAACAUAUUCCAGUCAGUGCUAGGAAAGCAGUCUUGUAGCAUAGCCUCCGAUUCGGAGGACCAUUUCUCAACGGAGCAUGUCACAGGUACUUCCUUCUUUGAGCUUCUGCUUGUAGACAGGAAGCAGGAGUAUAGAGGCAUGAUCUGAUUUGCUGAAAGGGAGAUGAGGGAGGGCCUUGUAUGCUUCCUUGUUGGUAGAGUAGCAGUGGUCUAGGACUUUAUCGCCCCUAGUGGCAAAGGCGACAUGUUGAUGGAAGUUGGCCAUUACAUGUCUUAAUGACGUGGAAUUAAAAUCACCGGCAACAAGGUAAGCAGCCUCCGGUUGCAUGGUUUCGUGCUUGAAUAUAGCCCUGUACAGUUCGUUCAGUGCCAGCUUGUUUUUUUUUGUUCUGAGGUGGGUUGACAUUUGAACAUCAGGUAUUCCAAGACAAGUGAACAAUGGUUGAGACUGCCACAGUGCUAGAGUCAGCACACCAUCUGUUGUUGAUGAAGAUGCAUACCCCUCCCCCUUCUCGAUCUCCCUGAAUCCAACGUCCUGUCUGCUCAGCGAAUGAAAAGCCAUGUUUCAGUCUUCAGAAGGCUGGAGAGAAGAGGUGGCUAGUUUUCCCUUCGCCUUAAUAAAUCGUCAGGGCUCCCGUCUCCUGCCUCUUUUUUGCCUGCGUUUCCUUUUGGAUAGCCCGAAAAUGGGGUCUGAAUUACACAAAGAGCCCAGGGCGGAUGAGUUGAAGUCGAAGUUGAAGCCGGAAUUGAGGUCGAAGUUGAGGUCGAAGUUGAGAUCGAAGUUGAGGUUAGCAACUGCCAAUCUGAUGUUCAAAAGGUAUUCUCGAUGGUAAGAAAUGACAGCGGAUACAUUUUGUGCAAAAAAAAGUCAAGAAAUAAAAAGUAGCAAAGUUGGGUCGGAGCUCACAAGACAGCAGACAUACAGUACGGCGCCAUCUUCCAUCAGUGUGAACACAGCUUAAAACAACAAUAAAAACCCCUCAUUCCCUCUGGAGGGCCAAACACAUACAAAGAGGUCAGCAACUACUCUCUCUGUCAGUUUUUGAACCUCUAUAUUUGUAUUAUCUCCAUUUAGGGCCAAAUACAUACGAAGACGCCAGCAACCACGUGAAGAUGCAGUUUGAGUCUCUGAACUUGAGGCAGGCAGAGAAACCCAUAUAUACCCACAUCACCUGCGCUGUAGACACACAGGACGUGAACCAGGCCUUCGACACCAUCACAGACGUCAUCAAGACCAACCUAAAGGACGCCGGG